UAUUUCGGCUAUGAUUAAUUGUUGUGAAAAUGCGGAUGCGAUUAUUAGCAAUAUCUGUAUCUACAUAAUGCGACUAUCACUUUUAAGUAUACGCAUCAGCGUUGUUAUUAUGAUUAUCACCCGCUAUUCGCACAUGCAAUUAUCACCAUUUUAGAUUAUUAUCCAAAUCUAUAUGCAAGCUUAAAUAAUGCGACUAUUACUAUAUGCAAGCUUGAAUAAAUUAAGAUUUAAUUUGUCACAUAAUUCAUGAUUAUCGGCCAUAGAAUGUCAUUGUUUUAUAGAGUUAUUGAGAUUUUGAUUACUAUGGUCCACGUUUGUAGACAAGGUUCAUUAUGAGAUAUACAAUUUUUAAUUAAUUAUAUAUAUAUAUAUAUAUAUAUUUGAUAAGUCGUGAGUUUUGGCACAUGGUUUAUGAUAAUGCAUCUAAAAUAAGAAGCACAGAAAAUAGACAAAAUAGAAUUCUUGGAACUCGCAUUUGCAUAGAGUUUGUCUUUGGGAAUUUAUUAUUCGAAUAAUACACAACCCACCUCCUCGUGAGAGAGAGUUUUAAUUUUAGGAGAAGCAAAAUAGCGCAGGCUGCCAACCACAGGACCAACUACCAUAACUAACUACAACUGUUACUCCAUGCCCGCCCACCAUGAAAGGUGCAGAAGCAAACUUUGCUGUCCGUACGACAAAGUCAAACGCCAAGACCUUGACCACAAAGCCCAUGAUUGGCCAAGCUAACAUACUCUUGCAGAACCGGCAAUUAGCUCCUAAAUAUAUGCAUCUAAAUGGCUAUAUUAUAUUAAUUACCUUCUGAGUUCUGAUCACCCUCCUCCCACAAAACGUCCUUAUUCAUACAAGUUAAGGUCUUUCAGUCAGUCACCCACCUCCAUACCUCGCCCACCCUUCCCACAAACUUCAUCGAUAAAUGGGAGGCUGUGCGGGCAAGCCCAAGAAUUCUGACAUCCUUCAGGGGCCACUCCCUGCUGAGGGUUCUGCCUCCCACAACAAGGCAGCUGUGGCCGAGGGCGAGACUGUUGCUCAAGAUAGCAACAAUGGAGGUGAGAUACAGACUAGAAUGACCUUCACUUUGAUAGGCAACUGCGGGAGCAAGGGGUUUUGUGAUAGUGUACUGCCCACAACCGUAGUGCAUGCACCACUAGUUUGCGCGGAAGCCGGUGAAGCGCCUGCCAAGAAAACAGAGGACAAAGUUGAAACCCCUCCUGUCAGUGAAUCCAAGGACAAAGUUGAGGCUGGUAAUGAGACCCAAGAGCCGGCAAAGGAGGGGCAAGAUGAGGCCAAGGCCGACAAACCAGAUGCCGCUCCAAGCUUGGAGGAUAAGGUCGACCAACCAGAUGCAGCUCCAAGCUCAGAGGAUAAAAGUGGUGCACUUCAUGCCACUGCAUGAUGACACUUCAACUUUACAAAAAGAACAAGGCCAUUUUCUGCAGCAAGCAGAGGUGUAUCACGGUGAUGAUUGUUGCCUGAAUUGAGCCUGGUUUUUUGGAACUCAUGUAUCAACACCUGGAACAACUGAAAGCUCCCUUUUAUUUAUGUUACAUAUGUAUGUCCAAAUAAUUUUUUGCUAUAUUCCUACUAAACCAUUUUUCUGGUUUUUAGGAAUCAAAUAUGUUAUUCAAAAGAUUAGGCACAUAUACCAUCA